UUGCACCACGCAUCUGUUCCCUGCAAAUCGGGGGCGACUGAGCACCGAAGCGAGGAGCUCGAGUGUUUCAAACUCUUGAAAGGAAUACAACUAAUGGUGGGAGCUUCAGAUUUAUUCUACACAGGCUUUAUGAGGAUAUGCUAUCCCGUAGUAGUAGUGUGUAUUAUCCUUGGAAAAGCCCAGUCUCUCUACUCUACUCAUUUACCACCAGUGACAUUUGACAGAAUAAUAACUAAAAAAAACAUCAACAAAAAAAAUUGAGAUUAAUGAUUAGAUUUUAUUUUUACCAAAAGAAUGUAUUUCUAUUUGAUAUCCCAAAUAUUCUGCUUGUAAAAUAAAAAUUUCUCAUUUUUAAUCAAAUUAAAAAUUAAAGAGUCACCCCUUUGUCAAGCAUAUACCUAAAAAUCCACAGACUAGUAGUGCAGUUCAGUAGUAGUGUGUGUGUAGUGUUCAAAUCAAAAUGGAUAUGGACAAAGCUCCUUUAAACAGGGCUCAUCAGCUUGAACGAAAAGCAGAAACACUAAGUCGCCAGAAAAAGAUGGAUGAAUGCAUUCAGUGUCACGUGGAAGCUGUAGAAUUGUACAAAAAAUGCUUACAGUUGGGGGACAAUAAGCAAGCCUUGGAGUCUAUACAGUUGCAGAAAGAAUGGAAUGAGAGGCAAAUAAGACUAUUACAAUUGAAAAAAUCAUACUUAGAAAGAACCAAAGAAGAAACCAAGUACAGAGGAAUAACUUUAUCAAAAAAUUCAACAAAAGAAACAGUUGAUAAUCUAGAAGCAAAAAUAUUCCGAAACUUUGAAACUCACGAUUCAUUGAUUGGUUAUUUGGCACAAAGAGGAAUAAUUGCUCAAGAUAGACAUUACCAAGGCACCAUAGAAGAAGCAGAGGAGAAAGAUGAAUCGCCAUUUGUUGUUGGAAACAAACAUCCAAAAGAUGAUUCUAUUGUUAUUGAGGAAUUAAAGGAAUUGAGUGGACAAUUGAGAGAAUCCGUACAGGGGAUGCUAAAUCAAUUAGAUGAUAGGCAAAUCAAACUUGAGCAGAUUAUCGAGAAAGUUAAAAAUUCAAAGCUUGAUAAGUCUUCUGAGGAAGAGUUACUGAUACAAUUAGAUGACAGAAACAAGGAAAUUGGACAACUUAGAGCCUAUAUCAAAGAUUUGGAAUUGGAAAAAUGUGACAAAGAAGAAAUCUCCAAUAACAACCUGAAAACCACAACGGAAUCCAGUGAAACGUCCUCAUCGGCCACAGAAUUCGAUUUGGACAAUACAGAACUCAAUAGCUUGCCACAAUUGGAAGUAAACCCCAUAUCUGUGCCAGGAAUUGAUAUUUCGGCAUUUAAGCAGUUUCGUUUGCCAGAAGUUAAUAGGAAAUUAUUAGGAAAAUCUGAAUAAAUUUUUCUUAACUUUUUUUUUAAUUGUAUAUGAAUUUUUGGAUAAUUAUUUAUAAGUAAAUUUUAAUUUUCGAGUUUGUUUCUUAGGAAAUUGUAUUAAUUUUAGGUCAAUGUUGAUUAAAAAGUUGUUGUGUUAAACUA